UAGCUCGUCUACCUCUCUGGCUGUUGUGAUAGUGCGGAACUUUAGGUAUUUCCCGUGUAUCGUUGAAGGAAUUUCCACUACAUUACUCAGCCCAGAUGAUUCAAACCUUUCUCUGGGGCUGCGAAUGUUUACUCCUACUGAAGUGUGGGUUUGUUCAGAACGGAUUCGUUGUUUACGUGAAGCCAACAAGGAGUGCAGGAGGUGAAUCUGCGGUUUGACGGCGGGGGUGUAGGCGACCAUCGGAAUAGCCAGGGCGCUUCCAUCCGAAGUUUUCCGGCUGGUGAUUCUGCUGUGGUAGAAGGAAGCGAAGAUAGCCGGCAGAAUUUUGCUGUUUUUAUCUCGGUAUAGGCAGCAGAUCUGCGAAAGGAGGUACGAGAGGAAAGUCGGGACUCUAGCUUCAACAACCAAAGUAGGAAAACGUCGACUGCAGAUGAAUUAGCCCGGAAAAAACUUAGGAAUUUCACGCCGGUCAAUUAAGUGCAAGAGAGAGAGAGAGAGAGAGAGGGAGAGAGUCGGAGAGAAGAAGCCAGUUUCAGCGUGGUAGCUCCCUAGGUGGAGUGAAAGAGAGAAAUUGACGAUGGAUCGGAAACUUACGAUUGUCUGCUUGCUUUGGGCUGUAGUUUACAUCACCUGUGUCGGAGCAACUGGUAGGCAAGGUGAAAAGAAAUCCCCAAACGAAAAAGACUUUGAAUUCUAUGAUCAAGAUAGCUCAAAAGCAAAAGCCACAGCCAAAAAAUUAGUAGACACGUUAAAGGACGAUGAGGAUUAUUUACGCGACCAGGCAGGUUCGGGAGAGGGCCAGGAUGAUGACGGUGAAGAGGGGAGUGGUUACGGGUCGACCAGUAAAAGACCUGUCACUGUGUCAUAUCCAGCUACAACGCCCUCUAGUGGUGGGAGACAAGAAUAUUUUCGUGUCACAAUCAACAUCACGUCCAUGGACUAUCACCCAGCACUGUCAGACAGGUAUAGCCCAGAAUUCCAAGAGCUUUCCACACAGUUAGCCGCGGCACUGACGAGACUCUUUGCUGACAUAGACGGAACUCAGCAAAUAAAUAUUUUACAGUUUAGGAGAGGCUCCCUCAUGGUGACAUUUGACUUGGGCACUCAGGGCUACUACGACAAACUUAAUCUCUAUAAUGUCAUCAAUAAUGCAGUGAACAGUGGAUACAUUGGAGCAUACAGGGUCAGCCCCUUGGGGUUCAGCUUCAGAGCACUGGGAGGUGGUGUUAGUAGGCCGUGUCCACCUUUUACGGGACGCCCUGUUGGCGAUCUUCCGCGCCUUGGAAACAAUUGGGCCAACCUGAUGGUAAAUAAUGCUUUUGCCUGCGAUGGUUACGUCACAGAAUGGACUGUUUACAGGGGGACAAGUGUUGGUACGGCUUAUCUUGGCAUAUGGCGCCAGCUAGGUGACAAAGACAUGGUUCUCCUCCAAAAGGUUGCGAUACCUCCAGCUCCUAUAGGUAACCAGAAAAUUAAACUAAACCGUGCAUGGGAGGUCAAAAAAGGCGAUUUCCUUGGAAUACACUAUCCACGAUCCACACCAGGAGGCGUUGUUGCCAGUGCCACUCAGGCUGAUGGUGUUUCUGAUAUUGAGCUGUACAGGAAUUAUAAUGUGGAGAUUUUUGAUGAUGAUAUCACGGAGAAUAUCCCUCUGAAUUUGGGUCUUUACGCCGGAGGAUAUGACAGGAGGACGUAUGCACUUCAGGGAGCCAUGGAGUACGAGGUCACCAACCUGGUCGACCCAAUUCCUGUAGCCGCACCAAUUCUUCCAACACAGUCACCACCAGACAUCACAUGUCAUUCCACGGAAUUCAGGUGCCGAAAUAAUGGCGCAUGCAUCACGUUAGGCCAAAGGUGCGAUGGACAUCGAGAUUGCGCUGAUAAUUCAGAUGAAGAAAAUUGUGCAACCGAUGCGCCGCGCUGUUAUUCAAACGAGUUUCAGUGUCGUAAUGGCGGCACAGCAAAUGCUCCAUCUGGCUCAUGCAUUUCAAUCACACAAGUUUGCGAUGGCCACAGAGAUUGCGCAGAUAACACUGACGAGGAGAACUGUCCGCCACCUAGCUGUAGUGCUGGGGAGUUCAGGUGCACCGAUGGAACAUGUAUCGACAGUCGUCGUCGCUGUGACAACUUUCCUGACUGCCGUGACAGGAGUGACGAAGAGAACUGCCUGCCUAGGCAAUGUCGCAGGGAUCAGUUCCGCUGUAGUAACGGUGCAUGCAUCGAUGAGAACAAGCGUUGUGACAGGAAGUUGGACUGCCAAGAUGGGACAGAUGAACUUGGCUGUCAGUCAAUACCUUGUAGAUCUGGAGAGUGGCGCUGUGAGAACGGCAAUUGUAUACCAGAGGCAAAACGUUGUGACGGAACGCGAGAUUGCCCUGAUAACACUGAUGAGUUAGACUGUCCAUUGCGACCAUGUGGUGCAAACCAGUUCACGUGUACGUCUGGACAAUGCAUUCGUUCAAGCCAGCGUUGCGACAGGCGAAGGGACUGUCAGGACGGAUCAGAUGAAGUUAACUGUCCCUUCUGCCUGCCGGGAGAGUAUCGCUGCCGGAAUGGUCAGUGUGUUCCACGGAACAGUCGUUGCGACAGAAGAUACGAUUGUUCUGACCGCUCUGACGAGUUGAAUUGUCCUGUUCCAACUGUAGUGACCGUGUCACCAAGACAGCUGCAGAUCUUGGAGGGCAGGGAUGCUGUGUUCCAGUGCGUGGCGACAGGAAACCCUCCACCACCAGUCAGGUGGUUCAAGGCAGGCAGUCAGGCUCUUCCCUUCAAGGCGUCAGACAACCGUGGUAGGCUGACCAUACAGGGUGCUCGCGUGGAAGAUUCUGGGGUUUACGAGUGUCAAGCUUUAGGUACCGGUGGCACUUUCCAAGCCACUGCACGUUUGAUAGUAUCAAGAGGACAGCCGGUCACUCCAGGGCCAGUGGGUCCUUGUGGACCUGGUCGGUUCCAGUGUUUGGACCGUGAGAAAUGUCUUCCAAAUGAUUACAAGUGUGAUGGUGACUAUGACUGCACUGAUAGGUCUGAUGAGUUGAACUGCUUGAAUAUCCCCUGUGAGCCCAAUGAGAGACAGUGCAGAAACGGCAAGUGUAUCCUCAAGAUCUGGAUAUGUGAUGGUGACAACGACUGUGGCGAUGGCUCUGAUGAACAGAAUUGUCCAACUGCGCCCCCUGGUGCCCCAUGCCGUGCAGAUGAGUAUCGAUGUGUAGACGGCAACCAGUGUAUCCCACAGAGUUACCAAUGCGAUGGAGAAUUUGACUGCCAGGACAGCUCCGAUGAAAUUGGCUGCACCUCUCCCACUGUAACCAUUCCCCCACGACCCAUGAUCAUGGUGAACAUUGGGGAAACUAUCACCAUUACUUGUACCGCCAUUGGUGUCCCUGUCCCCCUCAUAACAUGGCGUCUCAACUGGGGGCAUGUCCCCAAACCACCAAGAGCGACGCAGACCUCAGAAAAUGGUCGCGGUGUUCUGGUUAUUCGUAACGCUAUUGAGACUGAUGCUGGUGCUUACACCUGUGAAGCUCUCAAUAACAAAGGCAGUAUUUUUGCUCAGCCUGAUGCCAUUGUGGUUGUGAAACCCUCCCCGCCUCUGUGCUCUGCACCAUUUUUCAACUCUGAUGCCAAGAACGUCAGGGACUGCAUACGGUGCUUCUGUUUUGGUAUUACCGACCAGUGCACAAGUAGUAAUCUACACCUGUCACAGCUAUUCAUGGGUAACACAAUAGAGCUAGUCAGUAAAGACACCAGAGCCCCACAGCCCAAUAACCUGGUCCAGUACCUACCCACACAGAGAGAGUUUGUGAUUCAGGACUUCAACAGGAGAGUGCGACCCUCAUCAGGGUUGUAUUAUUUUGACAUGCCCAGACAGUUCUUAGGGAAUAGGAUCACAAGUUAUGGUGGUAACUUGCAGUACACAGUCCAGUACCAGACUCCUACAGGCACUCAGAAUAGACUGGCCACUGCUGAUGUUAUCAUGAAGGGUAAUGGAAUAACACUGUAUCACAGGAGGCAGACGCAGCCAAGGCCAGGCUUGACAGAGAGCAUCAGUGUCCCCCUUGUGGAGAGUGCAUGGACAACUUCUGAAACCCCUCGUCGUGGUGACCAGACAGUUCCUUCUCCUGCCUCCAGGGCAGACAUCAUGACAGUGCUACAGAACCUGGAGUAUAUGAUGAUAAGGGGCAGCUAUGACACCUUCCAGACUGAAGUCAGGCUGGGCAAUGUGUUCCUGGACACUGCAGUGACCACGGAUACUGGACGUGGCCGCGCCUUCUUGGUGGAAGAGUGCGCCUGUCCUACUGGGUAUACUGGGACUUCCUGUGAGCAAUGUGCCCAAGGUUUCCGCCGUGUGCCAUCUGGGAACCGCUACCUGGGCCAGUGUGUGGGAUGUAACUGUAAUGGUCACUCCAACCAGUGUGACUCUGAUAGGGGAGUCUGUAUUAACUGUCAACACAACACAGAGGGAAACAACUGUGAGAGGUGUAAGCCAGGUUUCUAUGGAGAUGCUAGGAGAGGGACACCUGGGGACUGCUUGGUGUGUCCUUGUCCGCUAACUGACCCCAGAAACCCCAAUUCCAGAGAAUGUUAUGUAGAGGGAGAUGGACAGGUGAGAUGUCGCAGCUGCCCCACGGGAUACCAGGGCAGAUUGUGCCGUGACUGUGCCCCAGGCUACCAACGCAGAGGAAGUCGCUGUGUCGCAAUUACUGUGACAUGUAAUGCAGCUGGCAGUCGCUUACCACAACCAGAUGGACGAGGACAAUGUUUGUGUAAGGAGAACACAGAGGGGCCAUACUGUGACAGGUGCAAGGCCAACACGUUUUUCCUAUCAGAGAACAAUCCAUACGGCUGUAUAUCCUGCUUCUGUAGUGCAGUCACCAGAGUAUGUGACAGUACAACAUGGAACAGGGCCCAGAUCAGUGCUGUAUUUUCUACCUUUGACACCCAAGGAUUUAAACUGACCACUGAGAGGAAUGACCAGCAGUAUGACCAGGGGAUGGUAGUGGACACUGCCAGUCGGUCACUGGUCUAUAGGAACCUGCUCAGCCUGCCUCAGGACACUUACUACUGGUCUCUGCCACAGAAAUUCCUUGGGGACAGGGUGACGGCCUAUGGUGGUAACUUGAGGUUCACCAUCUCCUUCUCUGACCUUGGAGAUGCUCCCACCACUGAGCCUGAUGUCAUCAUUGUGGGUAAUGACAUCACAUUGACAUACAGACACAGUGACGUCAUGUUGUCUGGAACUAAGCAGUCCUUCCAAGUGCCUUUCUAUGAGCAAUUCUGGCAGCGUCCUGAUGGUUCCCCUGCCAGCAGAGAGUUUAUCAUGAUGGCCCUGUCUGAUCUGUCUGCCAUCCUCAUUAAGGCCUCGUACACUGGGAGAACUCAGGAAACCAGGUUGCUGGACAUCUCCAUGGACAUAGCAGAGGACCGUAAUACUGGCCAGGACAGAGCUCUAGCUGUGGAGAUGUGCACCUGUCCUAGAGGGUACAAGGGCUUGUCUUGUGAGGACUGUGCCCAGGGCUAUACUAGAACCAGAGGUGGUCUGUACCUUGGUCUGUGUGAACCAUGUCAAUGUAAUGGACAUUCCAAUGAUUGUGACCCAGAGAAUGGAGUUUGCAGGGCUUGUCAACACAACACUGUCGGAGACCAGUGUGAGCGCUGUGCUCCAGGUUACUAUGGUGAUGCCACUAGAGGGACACCAUCUGACUGUCAGCCAUGUCCCUGUCCUCUCACCAGAUCACCCAACCAGUUCAGCCCCACAUGUGUCCUGUCCUCAGACAACCAGGUGACCUGUACACAGUGUCCAACUGGCUACACAGGAAGGAGGUGUGAAAGAUGUGCCUCUGGAUUUACUGGAAAUCCACUCCAACUUGGGAGCCGCUGUAUACCCAUCACCACUCCCCCAGCCCCACUGUGUCAGUGUGAUCAAGGUGGCACCAUGCCAGGCAUGAUGGAGAGAUGUGAUUCUGUUACCAAACAGUGCACUUGCAGGGAAAAUGCUAUGGGCCGGGACUGUGAUCGCUGUAAACCAGGCACCUUCUACAUGGCUCCUAGCAAUCCUGAUGGCUGUCUGUCCUGCUUCUGUAGUGGGAUUACCAACCAGUGCAGGAGUUCUAGAUACUAUCUGGACCAAUAUUUGGGUAAAGUCGGGAAAACUAAGUGGGCCAUGAUGUGGUUCAGCCCCACAUGUGUCCUGUCCUCAGACAACCAGGUGACCUGUACACAGUGUCCAACUGGCUACACAGGAAGGAGGUGUGAAAGAUGUGCCUCUGGAUUUACUGGAAAUCCACUCCAACUUGGGAGCCGCUGUAUACCCAUCACCACUCCCCCAGCCCCAUUGUGUCAGUGUGAUCAAGGUGGCACCAUGCCAGGCAUGAUGGAGAGAUGUGAUUCUGUUACCAAACAGUGCACUUGCAGGGAAAAUGCUAUGGGCCGGGACUGUGAUCGCUGUAAACCAGGCACCUUCUACAUGGCUCCUAGCAAUCCUGAUGGCUGUCUGUCCUGUUUCUGUAGUGGCAUUACCAACCAGUGCAGGAGUUCUAGAUACUAUCUGGACCAAAUACGACCCCAGUUUUCCAGUGAUGGCAGCCAUAACUUCAUGCUGACCAACAGUAGACUGUCACGCCAAAUCACAGACGGCUUUGUGGUCAGCGGACAGGAAAUCACAUUCAACCAAUUUAAUGAUGUGCAAAGAGAGCGAGAAAGUCUAUUCUUCCAUCUUCCUCCUCGGUUCAGAGGAGAUCAGACUCUUUCCUAUGGCAACAAGCUGAAGUUUUUCUUGUCCUACAGCGUGGCUCAGGAUGCAGGCAGAUCCAUUAAUGAUGUGGACUUGGAGCUGAUUAGUGGAGAAAUGCGUCUGUACCAUCUAUUCCGUCCAGGAACCAGACCCGAGGAGAGCAGAAGGUUUGAAAUACCUAUGACAGAAUCCAGCUUCAACAGGAGAGAUCGCCAGCCCAUCACCAGGAAAGACUUCAUGGCCGUUCUAGCCAAAUUGGAUGCCAUCUUGAUCCGUGCUACAUACCACACCAUCAUGGGUCUUGCGACGUUGAGAGAUUUGAGCCUGGACACUGCAGUCCCUCAGAACAAUGGUCAGCAACAGGUGCCCAUGGUGGAGGACUGCUCCUGUCCACAGGGUUACUCUGGCCUCUCUUGUCAGCUGUGUGCCCCUGGUUAUACCAGAAUUGCAGAUCCUAGCUACCCUCUUGGAAGGUGCACAAGAUGUGAAUGUCACGGACAUGCCUCUGCCUGCAAUGAGGAGACUGGAAUAUGUCUGAACUGCCAGCACAAUACGGAGGGUGCUCGCUGUGACCGUUGUGUUGAUGGUUACUAUGGCGAUGCUACCAUAGGAACACCCAAUGACUGUCGACCUUGUCCUUGCCCACUGACCAUUCCGUCCAACCAGUUCUCCAGGACCUGUCACUUGGACCCUGAUGGUCAAGUCACAUGUGACCAGUGUCCUGUGGGAUAUGUGGGCAGGAACUGUGAAAGAUGUGCUAAUGGAUAUCAGGGCAAUCCACGCCAGGCAGGGAGUAGAUGUACUCCAGUUAUUGUUGUCCCUGAUGUUCAGGUUGUCCCAAAGAGUAUAACAGAAUAUGUGGGCAGCACGGUGCGAUUCGACUGCUCAGCGCGGGGACCAGGAGUAUUCACGGUGCGCUGGACGCGGUCAGGAGGUCUUGCUCUGCCUCAGAGAGCCAAUGUGGCCAAUGAUAACUCACUGACCAUCCGUGAUGUCCAGCAACCAGACCAAGGAGAGUAUAUUUGUACUGUGUCCACAGUGGACGGAGGGAGUAAGAGUGACACAGCUAGACUGCAAGUCAGAGUCAGAACAGAUAUCAUUGUGGUCCGUGUUGAAGAACCCAAGCAGCAGACGGCGUUGAUUGGAGCAACAAUUCGUUUCAUUUGUUCUGGUAUUAGCCAGGUUAGAGAUAGCACCUACACAAUUGCUUGGACAAAACAGGGUGGUCGUCUGCCAGUUCAGGCCACAGAUGAGAACGGAAUUCUUACCAUCCGCAAUGUCCAGCCUGUGGACUCGGGAGUGUACAUCUGUACGGGAUCCAAUCUCUUCAGUGUCGAUACGGACGAGGCCAGACUGACAGUGACUGGUGAACAGCCGAAUGUGAGGAUAGAGCCCCGCUAUGCCACUGUAUAUGAAGGGGAAUCUGUCGAGUUCAGAUGUAUCGGAUCCGGCUCACCAACGCCUACCUUGUCCUGGUCUGGGGGACGCUUCAGCCAGGGAGUUGGCACUUUCAGAGGAGGCGUCUUCCGCAUUAACUCCGUGUCAUCUGAGGAUGAGGGUCGCUACACAUGCACAGCAAGGAAUAACGCGGGACAGAGCAGUGUGGAGACAAUACUUUAUGUCAGACAGAGACCACUGGUGGUAAACAACACAUACGCAGUGAUCAACAACCCGAGAAUCAGGGUAACUGUAGGAGGCAGGGUGGUGCUGCAGUGUUAUAUCAGGAAUAAUGUGGCUGGAACCAUCCGUUGGACCAGAGCCCAGGGAUCUUUGCCCAUUGGUUCCACACAGUCCAAUGGUCAACUGGUCAUCCCUAAUGCCCAGCCAGAUGCAGUUGGAGAAUACAUCUGUGAAGUGGUCACUGACACUGGCAUCCGAGGCAGGAAUAUCGCUAUUGUAGAAGUCAGCGUUGUGGUUGCCCCCCAGAUCACUGUAGAAGCCAGCACAGUCAGAGGUACUGAGGGUUCCUCUGUUAUCCUGAGAUGUAAUGUGGUAGGCACACCGCAGCCUACGGUGACAUGGAGCAGGGUUGGAGGACAGCUGACCAGCAACCACAGGCGUCUAGGCAACACAUUGCAGAUAUUGAGGGCGACCCCACAGGAUGCUGGGACAUACGUGUGCACAGCUGAGAAUCGUGGAGGCACAGCUCAAGCCUCCAUCAGCGUGACAGUGGAGCGAAGUGGCAUUCCACCAAGGAUUGAGAUCUCUCCAUCAUCAGGUCAGGUGAUCAGACCAGAUGGUACUGCCCUCUUCAGGUGCCGCGCAGUGGGAGGCAACCCCCAGCCGUCUAUCAGAUGGACCAGGGCUGGUGGACUGCCAUUCACUGCCAAUACCCGGGUCACCCCUAAUGGAGACCUGCAGUUCUUCCGUAUCACUCAAGCAGAGCAGGGGACCUAUGUCUGUACAGGAUCUAACACUGCUGGAACUGUUACAGCAAGGGUCUCUGUCACUCUCUCUGGUACAGCACCAUCCAUUGGAAACCUACCAACAGAACCUGUCAGAGUACGUGUUGGCCAACGAGUGGAGUUUGAGUGUACAGCCAGCGGUGACCCAGUGCCAAGUGUCUACUGGCAGACAGAGGAACAACGGCGGAGACCCUCUUCUGUCCAGCCUUCCAUUCAGCCAAGGAACACUGCCAUUUUCAAAAUUGAGUCUGUCUCUUUCGCUGAUGCUGGCACAUAUUACUGUAUAGCUUUCAAUGCCGCAGGGAGGUCAGAAGGCAGUGUGCGACUAAUAGUCGAGGGUGGCCGGGAACCACCCAUAGUUGUACCGGGAUCUCUCCAGUCUCGUUAUGAAGUCAACGUUGGAGACAGGAUCACCAUGCGUUGUGUUGCAAGAGGUGACCCACAGCCCCGUUACCAGUGGAUCAAACGAGGUGGUUUGUUGCCACAGCAACACUCUCUUGUAAAUGGUGUGCUUGAGCUGCGUAACAUCAGGCUGGAGGAUGCUGGGAAUUAUGUCUGUAUCGCCUCUAAUCAGUGGGGUCGUGCAGAGCACACGGUGGAACUCAUUGUAGCAGGACGUCCUCAAGUGUCACUGACCACCUUUGAUCAGACAUUGCGGACAGGAGACAGGAUGAGGCUGAUUUGUAGAGCUCAGGGAACGCAACCAAUCACAAUUGAAUGGUUUAAGGAUGGUGGUGUCUUGUCGUCAUCAGCCACGCAGAGAGACGGAGUAUUGGAAAUUUUCCCCGUGACCCUGGCUGAUGCAGGCCGCUACCGUUGUGUGGCAAGAAACAGGGCCGGAGAAAGUGAUGCCUAUGUCACUGUCAGAGUUAUAAGUGCCCCACAAAUCAUUCCUCCUCCCAGUAAUCGGGUCACUGUGGAUGUAGGUCAGCUUGUUGAACUGCGCUGUGACUUCAGGGGAAACCCGCCGCCCCGCGUCACCUGGAGUAAAGAGGGAGGAAGCCUGCCUGUGGACCACACUGUCAUGAAUGGAGUGUUGAGAAUUUACAAUCCUCGGGAGGAAGAUGCCGGGCGUUAUAUAUGUACUGCUGUCAAUGAAGCUGGACAGGGAACAUACUACUGGUUUGUUAAUAUCGCAAGGAGAAUCUCUGUGGCCUACCCAGUAUUAGAAUUGGUGAAUGAACGUUAUUCCAUUGGGGCUACUGUCCAGAUAAGGUGUCUACUGAGACCAGGCACUGACCCUGCUGUGGUUGCAGCAACCAACCUACGUUGGGAGAGGAUAGGUGGUCAGUUACCCCCUGGGACCACCACUUAUGAUGGAGAGCUGGUCAUCACCAAUGUCCAGCCAGAAGAUGCUGGAGAGUAUGUCUGUGUGGCGUCUAAUGUGGCAGGAGUGGCCAAUGCUACGCUUACACUCAGGAUAGAAGGCAUACCCAGUAUCACUGCCCCAGCAGACCCCAAGUACAGUGUAGCACUGGGGAAGUCAGCUACCUUGACCUGUGAAGCUUUCGGUGCCCCACCUCUGGAUAUCAUGUGGGACAAGAAGGGGGCAGAGCUACCUAGGGACCGCAAUGUAGACCGUGGCCGCCUGACCAUCAAUAAUGUGAAGACGGAAGACAGUGGUGUGUAUGUAUGCACUGUUAAAAAUCAGUAUGGAACAGCCACACAGGAAUAUCAACUGCUGGUGCAAGAAUUGGUGCCUUACAUGACCCAGAACCCAAGGUCAUACAUGGGUUUUGAAUCUCUGCGCGAUGCUUACCUGGAGUUUGAUCUGGAAAUCUCCUUCAUACCAGAGGCCACAGAUGGUUUGCUGUUGUACAACGGCAAUGGAGUGUCAGAUUCUGUGGACUUCAUGUCAUUUGGUCUUCGUCAAGCUAAGCCAGAGUUCCGCUUUGACAUGGGAGAUGGUGUGACAGUCAUUCAGGCUGACAGACCCGUGGAACUGGACCAAUGGCACACUGUUCGUAUAGAGAGAUCGUCGAAGAGAGGUACUAUGGUGGUUGAUGGGACCCAGACUUAUACUGGGGUCUCCAGUGGGUCAUUCCAGGGACUUGAUCUCUCAGACAAGCUGUACCUAGGUGGUGUCCCAGAUUUCACACAGAUACCAGAUGGUGCAGGCUUCAAGACAGGCUUUGUGGGUGGUGUCAGUCGCCUGGUCAUCAGGAACAUUCCAGUCAGUCUGGGAGAAGAUGCAUUAGAAUUUGUGGGCAUUGACCCUUAUCCAGUUUGUCGUGACUCGCCUUGUCAAAAUGGAGGGCAGUGUCAGCCAGCAAACACAAGAGUUGGCUACAAGUGCACAUGCCCGCGUGGCUUUGCAGGGAGCAACUGCGAAUUGGUGGGAGAAAGGUGUUAUCCAGAAAUUGCUACAACAACUUCUUGGUGUGUCCAUAUUUCAAUCCAUGAUGGAUAUUUCUCGUUGUUUGCCACAGCCAUUCAAAUCAAGCAGCCAGCCUUCAAUCAGUCUUCAUACGUUGCCUAUGAAACCCUACCUGAUGCCAUACGACAGACAAAAAUGAAGAUGACCUUUAAGCCACGCAGCUUGGAGGAUGGCAUUCUCCUGUACAAUGGACAGAGAGAGGAUGGAGUUGGUGACUACAUAGCCCUGGCAAUCAAGGAUAGGAAGAUGCAGUUCAGUUUUGAUUCUGGGUCAGGGGCAGCAGUGAUAACUAGUGAGGAUGAGCUUCAGGCAGACCAAUGGACUACAAUUAUAGCAGAGAGAAAUCUAAAAGAUGGCUCACUUAUUGUGAAUAAUGGUGUAGCAGUCAAAGCCUCGGAACCAAAGGAAUCCGGUGGUUUCUUAUUUGGCAUAUUUGGUAACACGGAUGGAGGUACCUCUGAGGGUAACACAGAGGGCCUUAACCUCCGCCUGCCCCUGUAUCUUGGAGGUGUGGACCCCGAUCGCAUGAUUUCCUCCAGUGUAGGAGUUAAAAGAGGGUUUGAUGGCUGUAUAAGUGAGUUUGAAAUAAAUGACCGUCCCAAGAACCUUGUGACCAAUGUCUUGGACAGUGCCAAUAUCAUGGACUGUGGUACCAAGAAUCCGUGUGAGAUCCGCCCCUGUAAAAAUGGAGGCACCUGCGUCAACCAGAAUGGAGACUAUACAUGUGUUUGUCCUGCUGACUCCACAGGUGCUGACUGUGAGCUUCAACUGAAUGCCUGCACGAGAGGCGAUUCACCAUGCCAGAAUGGCGGAGAGUGCAUACCACUCAAUGGCAUUGCCUUCACAUGCAGGUGCAAACUGGGCUUUAAAGGAACCAAUUGUGAACAGGAGGAGAAAGUUGGCGGCUCCUCCGUCCGUUUCAGUGGCAGUCAGUAUGUGAUAUUCUCCAAAGAGCGUCUGCCCCAUUCUGCAACACUGGAAGAGAUGGUCCAGUUCAAAGUAAUGACCAAUGAUUACGAUGGCCUGAUUCUGUGGCAUGGACAGGAGCCGACCACCCUGGGGCAGGGCAGGGAUUAUCUGGCUGUGGGACUGAGAGAUGGACAUAUAGAACUCAGCUAUGAACUAGGCAGUGGUCCAGCUAGCAUAGUAACUUCAGACAGAGUAAAUGAUGGAAGAAUGCAUACUAUCACAAUAAAAAGACAAGGCAGAAGUGGAGAAAUUUUAGUAGAUGACUUCUCCAUUGUGAAGGGAGAAUCACUUGGACAGUUGAAAAUGUUGAAUGCAGAAGGGGAUAUUUAUGUUGGUGGUGUUCCAGACUUCAGUUACAUGACAGGAGGGAAAUACUUCCAGGGACUCAACGGCUGUUUACGAGACUUAAAAUUCAACCAGGAAGACCCCAUAGACUUUCAGGAGGCAAUAGGUGGAACAAGCGUCAGUCCGUGUAUCUAAAUAAUCUUUAUAUAAAUAUAUAUACACAUUACCUAUAUAAGCAACAGGGAUUAUUUUUAUUCUUAUACUUUUUUUCAUUUUUAUGGAAGUAAUAACUUAAAAGCAUUUGUGCUGGCAUGGGCUGCAUCUUUGUACUGAAACUAUUUAGGAAGAAAGUGAUGGAAAACUUGCAUACAGAAAUGGAACUACAUCUUAUACUUAAUUGGACCACAGCUUUAAAUUGGAAUGGUCAUACUUUUUCUUGACAUUAUGUACUUAUUGUUUUAUUUUAAAAAAGGAAAAGUCAGAUAUGGACCAGAAAAUGAGAACAAGAAAAGUAGUGCCUUCCUGAAGUCAAAUUAAGAAAUAAAAACUCUU